CCGGACCCGCGACCCCGGUGGAUCAGCCCGCCUGCUGCGGCCGGUUGCUGGGGUAACGGCCAGGCCUCGGCCCGCUGCCCGCGGCCUGGGGACCGGCAUCCCUGGGGGUGUCGGAAAUGUCCAUGGUCCUCUUUGCUUCAGUGGUGCGUGUUCGAGAUGGCCUUCCUCUUUCUGCCUCGACAGAUUACGAACACAAUAAAGGAGUACAGGAAACCAAGAAGUAUCUUAAAGUGCUGUCAAAAAAACUAGGCCAUCUGCCUGAUCGAAGCACUCUGAAAGAUGUACACUACAACAUACAUUUUAUAAGUUCAUUAGGAGUGGGGUAUAUGAUAAUCUGCUCUGAAAAUUACCCAAAUGUGCUCGCUUUCUGCUUCCUGGAUGAACUGCAACGAGAAUUCAUUACUUUAUACGAUACAGCAAGGAUUAACACGGUUGUCAGACCAUACUCCUUCAUAGAAUUUGAUAAUUUCAUCCAGAAGACGAAGCAGAGGUUCAAUAACCCCCGGUCACUAGCUACGAAGAUAAACCUAGCUGACAUGCAGACUGAGAUCAAAUUGAGACCAGCCCAUCAGCUUACAAUGUUUGAUGUCGAAACAGCAAAUGGAAACGUACGUCUACAUUUCCCCCCUUCCAAGGGGAUAGCUCCAAAUCAAAGACUGGAACCAGUGAAGCUGCCAGGAUUCAUAUCUUGUUUACUAAGCUUCCUAUGUGCAGCUUUAAAUCUAAUCCGUGGAUUUCAUGCAAUGGAAAAUUUAUUUCAGGACGAUGAGGAGGAAUUACAUACAGUUGCUGUGUUUUUCACUGGUACUGCUGCAUGUUUGUAUCAGUGUUACUUGUUGACGUGCUACAGUGGAUGGAGGGAUUUGAAGUCGUUCUUGAUGUUUGGUCUGGUUUGCCUCUGUAACCUCUCUCUGCACGAACACCGUAACACCUUGCAGAUCCUGUUUCACGUGGCAGUGGCUGCCUUCUCAACUCUGCAGACCAGGAUGCGGCAGCCGCAAGGGAAGGCCCCCGACUACAACGUCUGAGAGCCUGGCCACAGGAGGCGGCUCUGCGGCAAGCAAGGGGAUGGUGACACGGGGCCAAAGAACCUAGAAAGAACAAAAAUGCAUCGAUUGUGGGCCAAAUGAGGAAACUCCUACUCCAAUUCCUCGCACACAUUGUGGCACGUUGCUGAUGCUCAAAAGCUACUAAUCGAGAUCGUGAAGAUUAAUUUUUGCUGUGGUUCCUUGACUCCAUUGCUGGAGUCAGUGCAGGAGCUUUCUUGGGCUCUAGACAUGAGGCCACGAGGUGCCCGGAUAACUUGUUAGUUCUCUGUUUGGAUUUCAUUGGUUCGAGAGUUUUCUUUUGUCAAACUUUCAUUUAUUUUUAUUUAAAAUGUAUUUCUCUUCCGUUCAGGCAAAUAGUUGUUCUUGGUGAUGUGGGGCACGUGCAUGGUGAAGCCACAAGGCUCUGAUAUUGUGUCGAUGACUUUGUGUAGUUAUGUAGGCUAAGGAAGUGCCGCACCAUCAGAGAUGCACUGCUCGCCCAGGUGGCCAAAAGACAUCUGGUGCUGCUGCUUGGAUGGAAGUUGGGGAGUUCUCCCCAAACUUCACAACCAUAUUUGUGUUUCACCAGACACAUUUGAACCCAGGGAAACACCUUAUCUGGUCACUUAUUGUGCAGAGAUUUGACGGCACUUUGUUUUGGUUGUAAAGCAUUGAGACGUGUCCAUGUUUGUAAAGAGUAAAGACAAAAGCUGCUGGAAGCAUCCAGCAAGGGAGAUCUCCCUCCCCCAUGUUCUGACAAAGGGUCUUCGGCCCGACAUGUUGCCUUACCUGCCGAGUGUUUCCAGUGUUUCCUGUUUUAAUUUCAGAUUUCACACAUCUGUAGUUGUUGCCAUUCUCAUUUACUGCGAUCAAGUGGUACUUUGUAACUCGUCAUAUAGCGUCAGGCCCUUCAGCCCAACUUGCCCACACCGACCAACAUGUCCCAUCUACACUUUGUCCCAACUUCUUGCGUUUGGCCCAUAUCCCUCUAAACCUGUCCCAUGUAUGUGUAGGAAGGAACUGCGGAUGUCCUAUCCAUGUACCUGCCGAAAUAUCUCUUAAAUGUCGCGAUAGUACCUUCCUCAACCACCUCCUCCGGCAGCUCAUUCCAUAUACACACCUCCCUUUGUGCGAAAAAGUUAGAUUCCCUCAGAUUCCUAUUAAAACUUUCCCCCCUCACCUUAAACCUAUGUCCUACGGUUCUCCAUUCCCCUACUCUUGUGUGUCAACCUGAUCUAUUCCUCUCAUGACUUUGCACACCUCCAUAAGAUCAGUCCUCAUCCUCCUACGCUGCAAGGAAUAGUGUCCUCGCCUGCCCAAUAUCACCAUGUAGCUCAGACCCUCGGGGUAGCAGCAUCCUCGUAAAUCUUCUCUGCACCCUUUGCAGCUUGAAUGUAACUCCUCGUGGUGGAGAUAGAUCAUUGGCAGUCCCAUUCGUGAUCUGUUCCUGCACAUGCACUUUCCAUCAAGGUUUCCACAGUCACCGGGAAGAGCACACCUCUUGAAUUUGCCCACGUUUUUUUCCUUAUUUUCAUAUGUUCCAGGAGCAGAAUUAGGCCAUUCGGCCCAUCAAAUCUACUUUCAAAUUUCCUCCUCUUUUCUCUUUUCCCCAAAUCCACAAACGCGACUCUUCCUGUUGCCAGCAAAAAAACAAAAAACUGCUGUAUCUCAGAAGGUCAGGCAGCAUCGGUGGAGGCAGAGGGGCGAUGGAUGUUCUGGGUCAGAGCCCGUUAGAUCAGGGCUGUUGCCUGGUCUCUUUGUCGGUACCAUUUUGCAAUUCAAAUAAAGGCAGGAGAUGCUGUAAAUACUGAGCAGGAAAGCAGCAGUUCUGGAGGGAAACAAAUCAGUAUUAACAUUAACAAAACUCAAAUCUUGGUUGAAGUUCUGUUUCCCUUUCACAGAUGUGUGGCCUGAUAUUUCUAGCGUCAAUCUUCAUUUCAGAUUUGCUAGCACUUGCAGUGUUUGCGGCCUUUUUUAACUAACUAUAAAGAAGGUCAAAUACAAGCCUUUACUAUACCUCUUGAAUUUUAUUUUCAAAUGACAAAGCAAAAUUCUUCAGUCACUUUUAAACUCAACUACCUGGAAAUCGCAAAGUACAAGAAUAGAUUUUCUCUCUUCAGGGCGGCACGGUGGCUCAGCGGUAGAGUUGCUGCCUCACAGCUCCAGAGAUGUGGGUUCGAUCCUGACAAUGGGUGCUGUCUGUACGGAGUUUGUACGUUCUCCCCGCGAGCGCCUGGCAUUCCUCCAGGUGCUCUGAUUUCCUCCCACAUUCCAAAGACAUGCAUGUUUGUAGGUUAAUUGGCUUCUGUAAAUUGUCCCUAGUGUGUGUGUAGGAUAGAACUAGUGUACAGGUGAAUGCUGGUGGGCGCGGGCGCAGACACGGUGGGCCGAAGGGCCUGUUUCCACGCUGUAGCUCUAAAACUAAAGCUUCCAGAAUACUUUGGUGUCACAGUGCUGCCUUUUCAGCUUGGAAUAGUUUCCCACUUAGGUUUCCAUAAUGGAGGAUGUGACAUCUUUUAUUAUGAAAAUUGUAACAUAUGCAAAUAUCUAUACACAUUAUGACUGUGUUCCAAAGCUAUGUAGAUAAUCAGUUGAAAAUAAAAUAUGUAAUUUAUAUAUUCA